ACUAGCUUAACCUAGGAGGAACGAAUACAUUUAUGAAGCAACUUUAUCUAAUGGAUCAUGACAUAAAAGUUGGAGUUUCUAUGAGCAAAGUAUUUCCGAGCUUUAAUUUCUUAACUGUUAUUAACCUAAGUUAUACCAAUCUAGAGAAUGAAGGUGCUAUAGCUAUAGUAAACGCUCUCAAGAGUUCUGCUCCAUCUUUUGAAGUUAUAGAACUGGCCGGUAAUAACAUAACUGAUGAGGCGGCUCCAGCUAUCGCCGCUUGUUUGGCAGCAAAGCGACAUCUGAAAAAGUUGAAUUUGGCUCAGAAUGAUCUCGAAGACGAGGGAUGUGUUGACAUCGUAGAGAGUAUGGAAGACUUGGAGUUAGAAUAUGUUGAUAUGAGCUACAAUAAACUGACAAGAGGAGGAGCACUGAAUCUGGCUCAUACGGUUGUCACGAAAGAAAGUCUCAAGAUGUUGAACAUUGAUGGGAAUAUGAUCUCUGUUAGAGGCAUUGAGGAAGUCAAAGAGAUAUUCAAGAACUGCCCUAAGUUACUUGGACCUUUGGAUGAGAUGCAGAAUGACUCUUUUGGAGAAGACGAUGAGGAUUAUGAAGAGAACGAAGGUAAUUAUGUGGAUGAUGAUGAUGAUUUAAGAGAGAGGAAUGAUCUUGAAGAUUUUGAAGAUGAAUUUGUGAGUUAUUUUAUCUAUUAUUAGUUUGUAUUGUACAAAUAGAGAGUUGUGCUGCUGCUAUCUUACUUCUUAAAAUCAAACUCUUUCAUCAAAUACCAUAUUUUAGCAAGUGUACACAUAGUUCUUCUGAGAAAAAUAUUAUAAACAUUGAUGAAAAGGGUUUUCAAUUUCAAAUAUUCGUUCUACAGAAGAAACAUAACUUAGUAAUACUUUGAGAAAAUACAAAACUUAACACGAGACCAAAUAAAAUAAAUGUAUUACAUGUUAGAUUGACAUAAGUUACAUUGGGAAGAAGAACAUCUAAAUACUUCUACAAACACACAGACACGUAGAAGACUGAAGAAGAGACCAAACUCAACUCAGAUCUCACCUCACCUUCUUCACUUUCGUCUACUUCCAUUAGAACUUUGAG